CGGCGAUUGGCUGAGAGCGGUCACGUGCGCUGGACGCGCGCGGGGGCGGGGCCGCGGUUGCCGGGGCGACACCGGCGGCGACUGAGGGGAGAAGGGGACAGCUUCAUCAGCGAUGAGAAGUAGCAGCAGCCCUUAGCAAUGGGUGAUGUUUUAGCCUACGAAGCAGAGUUACUUGGACUAGUGAAAGAGUAUUUGGAUUUUGGCGGAUUUCAAGAAACAGUGAAAGUACUUAAAAAGGAAUGUAAAAUAAAAGGGAAGCCACUACCUAAACCAGCAGAUGUUUCCUCAGAAGAUUCGUCACCUGUUCAGGAAGGAAUACUUAGGGCAUUUGAAGAUGGUGAUCAGAAAGUUUUCUUCCAGCUCUGGGAGGAGCAUGUUUUGUCUUCAGUCCAUGACAGUGAUCCAGUUGCUCAGAAUCUGGAGUUCUAUCUCCACAUCUAUUUUGCCAUCUUCCUCUUGAAACAAACUGUGGGAAAGCCUGACAAAGCUGAACUUGAGGAAAGGAUUUCUUAUUUCAAGGCAUACCUGGAAACAAAAGGAGCUGCACUGAGCCAGACUACAGAGUUUCUUCCCUUCUAUGCUUUGCCUUUUGUUCCCAAUCCCAUGGUACAUCCCUCAUUUAAGGAACUUUUCCAGGAUUCUUGGACAUUGGAUUUAAGGACAAGAUUGGAAAAGUUCCUGUCUCUGACUCUGAAAGCCAGACAGACUCCUCGGCUUCUCACUAUAUUUAAGGAUAGUGGACAGUGCAACAAAGAAAUGAUGCAACAUCUUCAUCAACAGUUAGUGCAGCGUGAGCACAGGUACAUGACCAAUCUGAAACGAUUUCAAAAGUUGCAGAUGGACUACUAUAAUCUCCUUGGAGUCACUGCAGAGCUGGUGGAUUCUUUGGCAGCCACAGUCACUGGCAAGAUGAUUACACCAGAGUAUCUUCAAAGUGUUUGUGCUUGCUUGUUUAGUAAUCAUUUGAAACAAACUGUAGCACACAACAUUGACUUCACAAGGCCUGGAACUGGAUAUUACUCUAUGAGCCCUUGUGAUGACGGAUAUGCUUCCACACUGUUAAGAGCAUCUUUAGCCUCUAUGAAGGUACAGGACGUGCCAUUGUUGCCCUCUUUGGAUUAUGAGAAGCUGAAGAAAGAUUUGAUCACAGGGAGUGAUCGUCUCAAGGCCCUCUUACUGCAGGCUCUGCGCUGGCGCUUGACAACGUCAUAUCCUGGAGAACAGAGAGACACUAUCAUGCAAGCCUACAUCAGUAAUGACCUCCUAGAUUGCCACAGCAACUGUCAGAGAAGUGUCCUCCAAUUAUUAUAUUCUAAGAGUGAGGUAGUCAGACAGUAUAUGGCAAGGCUCAUCAAUGCUUUUGCUUCACUGACAGAAGGUCGUGCCUACCUUUCUCAGAACCCAACAUUGCUGCAAAUGCUGCAGGACAGACUGAAAGCUGAAGACAAGGAUUCCCUUACAUGGGAGAAUGUUCUGGGGGCUCUGCAGAAAUUCAGCCUCAGGCGUACAUUGCAGUCAGCAAUGAUCAAAGAUGGGCUCAUUUUCUGGCUGGUUGAUGUUCUGAUAGACCCAGACUGCCUGUCUGAAUACAACCUGGAGUAUUGUGCUGCCUUGCUCAUGAAUCUUUGUCUGCGGAGUGCAGGGAAGAAAAUAUGUGCAAGUAUCCCAAAUCACACGCUCAGAGUUCUUUCUAGUCUUCUUGACCAUGAGAAUCCUAAGGUCCAGUCCUAUGUGAAUGGAGCACUGUACAGUAUUCUGGCCAUCCCUUCUGUCCGAGAAGAAGCCAAAGAAAUGGGAAUGGAAGAAAUUCUGCGCUGCUUUAUCAAGGAGAGAAGUGGAGAGAUGGUUCGACAGAUGGAAUAUGUUAUCAAGCAACUCAAUUCAGAAGAGCCAUUCAAUGAAAAUAUUGUGUCUGAUGAUGAUGAUGACGAAGAGGAGUAUGAGGAAGAGGACAGUGACAUCCUACAACCUGAUCUGGACAAAGAUGAGAUUCUGCUGCCUCAGCUCGGGGAGCUUUCAGGAGAGAAGCUGCUAACAACCGAGUACUUGGGAAUAAUGACUCACACUCCAAAAACUAAGAAGAAACAAUUUGCUGGUGUCCAUCAGAGUAUAGAUGAGCCUCUCCAGAGACCUGUGACACCAGGUUAUCACAGAACUGCAUAUCCAAUGCCAGAAAACGGUACCAACUCUUGUCACAAUAGGGAUGAGAAGCUGCAGUCUCCACCAAGUGGUCCUUCUUCUAUUUGUGGUGGGAGCCAGUCCAGCAUUUCUGACUUCUGCAUUUCCCCCUCAUCAGUUGAAAUGAAGCCAUCUGAAGUAUUUGCAUCAGGCCACAGAAUGGACCAACACAUCCCAGCUGGUGAUACCUCAUCUUCUCGAUCUGCUGGCUUCACUGAGGACAGAGUAAAUGGUCACUCACACAGCGAGUUUGCCUUAGCCUUCACCAGCAAACCCAAGAUCCCUCGCACUCCUGAUGGCCAGAGCAGCAGCCCUAGAAAGGGAAAGGUCCCAGGCAUUGCUCCUCAGUUCUCUCAGUCUGGACCACAAAAAAGCCAUCCAAGCUCCUCAGGAUCAUCCACAAGCAGCAGACAGAGCAGCCAGUCCUACAGGAAGUGAGAACAGUUCCUUUCCUCGAGAAUCACCUGUCACAUUGUUGAAGGACAGAGCCAGCUUCCUGUAAUGAGCUUUACUGGUGACCUGCAGAGGAGAGCGAGGUUGUUGACACUGCAGGCCUCGCACGAGGAUUCAGGAUUAUCUGAUGGGAUGUGUCUGUGGUCUCUAAAGCUGCCUAAGACAAGGGCCUUGUUAUUAGAGUUAGAGGUCUCAGCAGCAGCCCAGGACUGACAUGGGAGAUGGAUAUUCUCUGAUAAUUUACUCUGAAGUGACAUUGCCACCUCGAGAAGAAACUCUUGCUCUCUGCCUUCUGUGUCAGAGUAACUGGCCUUUGGAAACAGGAUGUAGGCUCAGCCCAGGAGUCUUACCAAGCAACUGUGUUUUUUACUUAUUGCUUGCUGAAGCUGCCAAUUGCUUUUUGUAAAAUUUUGCCUGUAUGACCGGGCUGAGAGAUGUCUGUGUUCAAAGGAUCUGCAUGAGGAGGGGCAGUGUCUGCCACAUGUGCAGAGCCUUCCUGCCCGGAGCAGUCCUGUGUGGGAUGAGAUCUGUAUGGCCCCCAGACCCUGAGGAGGAAGGAUUUCAUCAGCUUCUGGUUGACCUGUAGCAGAUGAAAAACACUGUUACAGUGCCCAAGGCAGCAGCCAUGCUCACCUCUGAGGUCUUUAUCUGCAGCAAUUACUCCUGUUUCUUCUUUCUGCAUUUUUUUUUAAAUUCUGCUAUUUAACAUUUGUGGAAUUAAAGAUCUCUUUUUUCCCUGGAAUGAAGAGCUUUGCUUCUUCAUUCAUAGAAGAAACCAUGAGAAUGUGAACAGAUCAGAAGCAACUUUCUCUUUACAUGUAACUGUGCUCCAUCUUCUUCGGUCUUUGUUGCUUUUUUUAUGUUUUUCACUUCAGAGCAAUGACUGUUUAUGUCUUUAUGGAAUUUGUGCUGGUCUUUGGUGCAUAUGAAGUGCUGGCUAGGCAAGAGAGAUUAGGAAUCCUUCCACUAAAUAAAAAGCAGCAGUUAGUUCUGCCAGUGAAUUACAAA